GACAAGAUCAAGAAGAUUAAAAAAAAAAUCUUGGAUGUUUCUUCGGGUUUCUGGGACUGUUUCAAGUGCUGCUGUCAAGAAGCAGCAGACAGUGAGCAUCACGUGUCCGCGGACAAUGACGCCAUCGAGGCAAGGCUAAAGGAGGAUGAGCCACUUAAACCAGGGAACGGGCCCAGCUCAACUCGCUGACUUGAGCUGCAGACACCGAGGCGGAGCGCAGCGACGUGAGCGGACGAGACCGUGCCCAUGGCGAGCAAUAACACAGCCAGCAUCGCACAAGCCAGGAAGCUGGUGGAGCAGCUGAAGAUGGAGGCCAACAUCGACAGGAUAAAGGUGUCGAAAGCAGCAGCAGACCUGAUGUCCUACUGCGAAGCGCACGCCAAAGAAGACCCGCUGCUCUCGCCAGUUCCCGCCUCAGAGAACCCCUUCCGGGAGAAAAAGUUCUUCUGCGCCAUCUUGUAAAAAAAAAACAACAACAAAUAAGUAAUGGUGACAUCACCGACGCCAUGCAGGAAGUUUUGAACGCGGACGUUGGGGUCGGGGUAAGAUGUUGAAAUCUUAAGGAAUCUCUGUGGAGCGGUGGGGGUGAAUCUACAGUGAAGCAUCAGAGGCGUUUGUGGUGGCUUUUUUUUCCGGGGGUGAGCCAUGUCGAGAGUCGGAGCUUUGAUGAUGAUGAUUCUAACGGAGUGAUGAUGGACGACUCUUCAGGCUGUGACAUGUGCAAAACUAGUUAACUUUUUGUGUUUUUUGUUUAGAGGCGAGCGCGUGUGUUUGUGUGUGAGUGAGUGAGUGUGACUGACUGUCGCACAGUAGGACUGCAAACUAAACGUUCUCUCCCUCCACUAGAUGCCACCUGAUGGUUGAAACUAUGAUUUCAGUGGUUGCUCUUACCCGGAUAUAUCUUUCUAUAACUCUAUGUGGUUUAUUUUUUAAUUUCUAUUUUUUAACAUCCAUAAAGUUAGUGACAGCUUUUCAGUGGGAUGUUUUGGAACACUCGGUGGUGUGAUUUUCUUCUCGACAUACAGUGCAGAGUAAGUUUAUGGGAAACAAACAAACAAAAAAAAUUCCGUCUACGGGACGAUCUGUUUAACGACAAUGUGAUUAAGUCUGUCUCCUUUCCCGUCACGCAAACCUUCUUUCUACUCUUUGUACAAAAACAAAACGAUACGCGAGUAAAACUGUGAUGUGCCGUAAA